GUGCAGCAUGUAAACAUGUCAAACACCGAACCAUCACCCUCAUCUGCCGACGGAUUUAUUUCGGUUUGUCGCGCAAAAGGAAAGCGGCGAGGACAGAAGGCGUCCGAGCGGAAAGUGCACUCGAAAUCGGAACCUGUGGCCACCGAAGAAAGAGCAUCAGCGGAAGUGGAAUUUGAUUCUGGCAAAUUAAUCAGGCGAAUCGCCGAAGCCGAGUGCGACCUACAAGAAUCAUCAUUUUUCACCGGGGCCAUCGAGAAGAUACUUCCGGUGCUGAAGCAAGCCCACAUCCGGGAAAUCGUCUGUCUUGGGCUUGGCAAAUUGGCAGAGUGUAACAUAUCUCGCUACCAAUUGGCGUUCGUGCGUUGUUUGCAACGGCGUUUGGCAUUAGAAAAAGUGCAAUACUUUGAUCCCGUUUUCACCAGUCGAGAAAAGGAAAUCCUUCGCCAGCUGGACGGAAUUGUUCUGGAGGAGAAUCUUGAGGGAAAGUACGCAGCAAAGCAAAAUACGUUGUUUUAUUUGCCACAUUGCCCCAAACAAAUCAGUAACAAUUUGCUGUGGAAAAAUUGGAACUUGGAGAAGUUGGGACGAAUUUAUUUGAUUUGUAAUAGUUUUGAGCAAAUUAUUACUAACAGUCCUCAGCGAUUUCUACAGAACAACGCACAUUACAUACUGCAAAUAGCGAAGAACACCGUUGAGGUCCCAAUCGAAAACAAUUUCAAGUACACGGACAUCUUCAACGACACUUCUUUCCACUAUUUCAACACGACUUUGUUGCAAAGCAAAGGUUCAUCGUUUUGGGAAGCAACAGAACCGAAUUACACGGAGGAAGAUCUUGAACUAAUAACCAAAACCAAAAGUCUCCACCUGACCGGAAAUGGCCUCAAAAACGCUGCGAAAAUUGCUGACUGA